AUGGAGAGAGACCUUGAAGAGACAUCUCAUCAACUGAAGGGAGAGCAGAGCAGGGCCUCCCAGCUGGAGAUGGCUCUGAAAGGCAGACUUAAGAUCAGCGAGGAGUCUGAGACCAGGGCCUCCCAGCCGGAGAAGGAGAUGGGAGAUAUGGAGGCCAGACUGCAGGGCGAGGAGAGCAGGGCCUCUCAGCUGCUGAGGAGGGAGAUCCAGGCUAAUGUGAACAAAGUGGAGCAGUGGCUGGUGCAGAGGAUCUCCUUUGAGCAGCUCAAGGCUGAGCUGGAGGGCAAGAUGCUACCCUUCUUCUGCUUGAAGCUGAUCGUGGUGAGGGAGAGCAAGACGUGGGAGGAGGCUCUGGAGUACUGCAGGGAGCAGCACACUGACCUCACCAGCCUGGUGUCUGAGACGGAGCUGCUUCUGGCCCAGAGGGAGAGCAGGGAGACCCAGACCACCACGGCCCACUUGUGGAUGGGCCUGCGUUACCUGGCCAACCACUGGCUGUGGGUGAACGGGGACCCAGUGGUGUACGAGGCCUGGCCCCAGGGUGGACAGCAUCAGUGUCCCGCCUGGAACCUCCACUGUGGGGCCAUGGCAACAGCGGGAGCAUGGGAGACCCGGGACUGCCAGGAGAGCCUCAACUUUAUCUGCUACUGA